GACGUCGACCGCUGACAUUGUGCCCACUCUGUACCCCAAAAAGUGGCGGUGAGGUGAGAACGAAGAUGAUGACCUUUGCCACCGGUAACAAGAAGCUAUCGCCGUCCAUCACCCCGAUCAGCGUCGUGGCUCCCAACCCCACGCAGCCUGCGCCGACGACAUCAGCACCCACCAAACGCUUUCUGCACUUCGAUCGCUUCAUUCGGCUCCUGGACUUUUGCAUCAACGUCUACUCUCUCCUCUCGUUCGUAACGACCUCGACGCUUGUCGACAUGCUGCUCAUGCGCCAAGCUGUGUUUAUGGACGACGUAGCCAACGGCGUGUAUGACUUUGCACCAGAGGGGCCCAGUGACGUCGUCAUUCUCCAUCUCCUCCGCAAUGCGACGUCCGGCCAAAGCAAGCAUGUCGGGCUGCGUGACGCGGCGCUCGCAACGCCGGACGGCGGCCACUCGCUCAGCUGGUGCCUCCGCGUCGGCAUCACCCUCGGCGUCGAAUACCAUGCCGUGUACAACAACGACGGCGUCUCACGGAGGUACCUUCGGUACGUGCACACAAAGUUACCACCACGCUGCGUCGGGUGGACGGUCGCGCCCGGUGGAUCGUUUAACGAUUCGCGGAUCCUCGCCGUCGACGAUGCCCGUGCAGGGUUUGGCCAGUCGUAUCUGCACUGCAGCGACCCGCGGUACUACACGCCGCCGUUUGGCCAAACGGCCAAUGUCAGCUCGUUUCAAUUCCGUGCUGGGUAUGUGGUUGCGCAGCAGCACUUUGCCGGUGGCAGCUUUGGCAUUGAGACGCACAUAUCCCACUGCAAGGCCGAAAAAAUAGGCGACUCGCUGAUGUACAAAGUGUCGCCGUUUCUCGAGGGCGACACAAGCGAAGUCGUCAACGUUCUCUUUAGCACCAAGAACUGGGCGCUAUGGCUGCUCGAUUACGUCGGGCAAAGCAUUGUACUUUUGAUUUUGAUUCAAGAAGUCUUGCGCUCGUCGGCCCAAACGAUCACAUACAUUCCAACGCAAUCGUAUUCGCUGUAUGCGGCUGCUGUCGACGUCCUAUGUGGUCGUGAACCCCGCGCGCGACCAACGCUGGACGGUGGCUACUCGGUCAUGAGCUUUGCGCAAAUCUGGCUCGCGAAUCCGUGCUAUCUCAUUGGCAACUGCAUGUACGCCCUCGGGACAACCAACGAGACGCAGACGCUUGUCGAGACGUUCUUUUGGCAGUAUUCCGUCGGCGGUCGCUUCACCGACCUCGCCCAAGCCACGGUGUAUGCGAUGCGGCAUGCGUGGGUCAGCGUCGCAGUGUGGAGCGUCCUGCGAUUGGUCGUGACGCGCCUCUACCUCCCGUUCCUUCCACGCGUGUUUGUUCGGAGUGUGCACAUGGUCGAAGUCUAUUGCUCGUGCCGCGCCAUUGUACUCGCCUUUCUUCUCGCCUGCCUCGUGACGGCGGUCUCGCGCGGUCAUUGGUUUCUGACCGACCGAAUGAACGUGAUCGACGUGGCCUAUGGCCUCCCAAAGUCGGCCUUCUGGAGCUCUGAAGACAUGACAAGUCUCUCCAUGAGCCAUACGUUUGGGAUCCUCUUUGCGACGAUCUUUGGCCUCAUCACGCGAGGUUUCUUGGCGUGGCUCCUCCCCGGGCACCGCACCAACUCGUUCUUCCAAGCCAUUGACCGCCACCGCGUCUGCUCGGGUUUUGACAUGCCGCAGCUGCUCAGCGGAUCGCGCUCGUUGCGUGUCGGCGACCGCUGGGUCCUCUUGUUGCCGCUCGCGGAUGUCUACUUGAUUUUUUCGUCGGUGAAUCUGCUCCGACAAACGGCCAUGCCGAGUCUGCCGUCUGCGCCCCCCGGACACGCGGUCGAGUGCAUCACGAGCGACAACGGCACGGUCCUCGAGCUGCGGGAUGCUGGUAUCUAUGUGCCUGAACUCGCAGCGCUGCAGCAGGAGGCGAGCGGAUACCUGUACUGCGCUGUAAUUUGAGUCCGAGAGGGCGUUGGUCGUCUCGUUUGAACGUAAAGCAUGCAUUUCGAG